GAGAGAGAGAGAGAGAGAGAGAUCGGCCAUCAGUUGAGUGAGCGGGCGAGAGCAAGCGAGCGAGCGGUAGUACGUGCUGCGACCGGAGCUAGUGUGUGUGUGCAGUGUAGUGUAGGUGCAUGCAUGCCUGACCGACGAUCGGAGGCGACGGCGGAGUCCAUGGAGCGGCAGGCCGGGGCAGGGAGAGAGGAGGGCGUGGCGGCGGCGCCGCGGAAGGGCUGCAUCCGCUCGACGCAGGGGCCGUGGACGGUGCGGCGCCGCGGCCGGGGCGGCGGGCUGACGACGUCGCUGCGGCACCCGACGCCCCGCGAGCGGGAGAACAACCGGCAGCGCGAGCGCCGGCGGCGCCAGGUUGCCGCCAGGAUCUACGCCGGCCUGCGCGCCCGCGCCGGGUACGCGCUGCCCAAGCACGCCGACCAGAACGACGUGCUCCGCGCGCUCUGCGCCGAGGCCGGCUACCACGUCGACGACGAGGGCAACGUCACGCGUCACCAGGGUGUCGGCGACGGCGCGGCGGGCCCAAGCUGCAGCUCCGAUCACCAGAAGCCUUCCUCCAUAAGCGGAACGGUGGAGGCGGCGACCCUGCAGCAGGAGCAGGAGCAGCAGCAUCAGGGGCAGCGGGAGGAGGGAGUCAACAUGUCACUUGAGCUCACCCUUUCCUUCGCCUACAUGUAGCUACCACCCUUCUGCUCUAACUAACUCUAGCGACCAGCCAGCGUGCCGUAGUACUGUCAAAGAAUAUUGGAAGGAAGUUGUAAAUCACCUCAGCGUCCUUCACAAUCUGUAAGCCAUGCAAUGACGAUUUGCCAUACAGUUUGCAUGAGCAUGACUACAGGCUUGUACAUAGCCUGUGAACCAAAGCGACCUACCAAAUAAAUAAAUAUUUUUU